GAAAACAAGAAAUGUCAACAAAAAAGAAACCUUUGACGUCAACCAAUACAUACCGGUAUUUAGCAUAUUUUAAGCAUUUUUUUUUUAAUUCUGCUAAACUAUGAUAGAAACGCUGUAUAACUUGCCUUUCCAAAUUUUGGUACCGCCAAAUAUUAAAAUUCGACGACCGACAUGGUUUCGAAAACCAUCGCCAAUGGUUAUGUUCUCGAUUGUAUUGCUGUCAUACUUUCUGGUCACCGGUGGAAUAAUAUACGAUGUAAUUGUUGAGCCGCCCAGUGUUGGUGCCACAGUAGAUGAACAUGGGCAUUCACGGCCAGUGGCCUUCAUGCCUUAUCGAGUAAACGGGCAAUAUAUCAUGGAAGGUUUGGCCAGCAGUUUUCUCUUUACGGUUGGUGGUUUGGGCUUUAUUAUUAUGGAUCAAACACAUAUACCUGGAAAAACCAACCUUAAUCGUUUUCUUUUGACUGCGAUGGGAUUUAUUUUUAUACUUGUUUCAUUUUUCACCACGUGGCUUUUCAUGCGAAUGAAAUUGCCAAGCUACUUGCAGCCAUGAGUAGCUUGAGGCAGGAGCAGCCAAUAUUAUAUGAGCAUAUUUUACACCCUGAUUACUAUAAAUUAAAUCAGCAAAUUGUCCUUAAAUAAAGACCAAUUAAACAAUUCAAAUUGA